AGUGCGAGAGCUGAAACCGCAGUCGAUCGGAAAAGUGACACAAAAAUGGCCGAGGAAAAUCAAAACAUCAUCUGCGCUCCGGCAGAAAGUUCCAUCAAAAUCAACAAAUGGAAGGUCCGCGAAGGAUAUCCGGUGACCACCGGCAACAUCAUUUUGUUCUACGAAUGCCUAAAUGGCAGCGAGAAGGACGUCAAGCGUCUGAAAGCCACCAAAGCGGGCGUCGUAAAAAAGCGCCUCGCUAAAGAAGGUGAAAUUGUUGAUAAAGGGAAACCUUUGCUUGCGUUGCAACAAUGUAGUCAUACCACCGUCAUUAAGGAUAUGUGUGCCGAUUGUGGGGCAGAUUUGCGUCAAGAUGACCAGGCUGGUGGAUCUGAGGCUUCCGUCCCAAUGAUACACUCCGUACCGGAACUGAAAGUUACGGAAACAUUAGCUAAGAAGCUGGGACAAGCAGACACGGAACGGUUGCUGAAGGACAAAAAAUUGGUUCUAUUGGUUGAUUUGGAUCAAACAUUGAUCCAUACAACUAAUGAUAACGUUCCAAAUAAUUUGAAGGAUGUGUAUCAUUUCCAAUUGUAUGGUCCGAAUUCGCCAUGGUAUCACACGAGACUUCGACCGGGAGCUUUGCAGUUUCUAACUACGAUGCAUCCUUAUUACGAACUGCACAUAUGUACGUUUGGAGCCCGCAAUUAUGCCCAUAUGAUUGCACAAUUCCUUGAUCAAGGUGGAAACUUGUUUUCUCAUCGAAUUCUGUCACGUGAUGAAUGCUUCAAUGCAACUAGCAAGACCGAUAAUCUGAAGGCUCUCUUUCCUUGUGGAGACUCGAUGGUAUGUAUUAUCGAUGAUCGGGAAGAUGUGUGGAAUAUGGCAGCUAACCUCAUUCAGGUUAAACCCUAUCACUUCUUUCAACACACCGGUGACAUCAAUGCACCGCCAGGAAUGUCUAAACAUGAACUUGAUGGGAAGGGAGUCGAUUUCAAAGAUCUCAUCAGUCAAUUUUCAAAGGAUAAGAAAGAUAAUGAAAAAAAUAACAGUCGGCCACCAACGCCAAAGAUUGAAACUGAAGAGGAAAAGACGGAUGAGGGUCCCCCUCCUAAAGAAGAGAAUGCUUCGUUGUCGACUAAAGAAGAAACAAAAGACGUUGAGCCCUCAGGCGAACUGAAGGAGAAACCCGAGGACAAAGAAUGUGAUUCAAAAGAUCAGUCAGAGGAUAAAUCGCCGGAAAAGGAUUCUUCACCUAAUGAGUCCACAAGCAAAGAAAACAAUGAUCAAGACGGUGAGGAAAAUCUAAUUGAAAUAGAAGAUCCUGAUGAUUAUCUGCUGUAUUUAGAGCAUAUCCUCAUGAAAAUUCAUGAAAAAUUCUACGAGGAAUAUGAGAAAACUAAAGAGAUUUCCGACCUGAAAAGGUUAAUCCCGCAAGUAAAGUCACAGGUGCUUGUCGGGUUCAACCUAGUCUUUUCCGGAUUGGUCCCCAACAGUAUGAAACUGGAAGGAAGUAAAGCAUAUCAGGUUGCACGCAGUUUAGGCGCCAAAGUAACACAGGAUUUCCAGCCUGACACCACCCACCUGGUGGCAGUCACCUUUGGCACUUCUAAGGUGCACAAUGCUAGGAAAAAUCCCAAAAUAAAAAUCGUUACCCCAGAAUGGCUUUGGGCCUGCGCCGAGCGAUGGGAACACGUGGAAGAAUUGCUUUAUCCAUUGAAACAGUCUAAGCCUUCAAAAAUGCGACAACCCCCGCCGCACUGUCAUAGUCCGGAACAUGCUGUAAACUACGGAGAAAGUAGGAAAGCCGGAGGGUCUUCGAAACCACGGGAGGGCUCCCAGCAGGAACCGCCAAAAUUCAUCGAUACGUUGAAUCCGUUGCUCAGCUUUUCAAAUGACGAUCUGGACGCCAUGAAUAAUGAUUUCGACGAGUUCUUCGAAUCGGACGAUAGCAGUAGUGAUGAUGAGCCUGUCGACAUCGAAAAUCCACCGAUGAACAAAUCGCUGCGGAAGCGGAAACGCAAGGAGGAAAAGGAAAACCGACGCAAUAUUUUCAAAGAGGAAGACGAAUCCAGUAAGACUCUUAUUAAGUACAAUGAAGAAGAAAACGAUAACAGCCAAACGAACCUGAGCUCGGAUGAUGAUGACAGUCCAAGUGCUAAGUUCAGGCGAGGAUGUGGUCUACCUUCGGACCUAGAUAUGGGUUCGAACAGCGAGGGCAGUAUCGAUCCAGUGGAUGAUGUGGAUGACGGCGAUUGGAAUAUGAUGGGCGCGGCGCUUGAGAGAGAAUUUCUCGGUUUGGACGAGUAGGAUCGCUUUCUCCGGUAGGUAGUGUAACUAUUUCAGUGGUAGUACAAAAGUGAACAGUGACCUCACCAGCAUGCGCGGUUUAUUAUUCUUUUUUCUCCGUUCCAUAGUUCUCUUGUUACAAUGUUGUACAUAUAUAAUGAACCGGUUUCUAAUGUUUGAGAACAAUUUUAAUUUAAUUUCCUCAAUUGUACACUAGUUGCUAAUUGUUAAA